AUGAGAAUGAUCGGAGGGUCGGGGGUGCCAGGGGUGCCAUCUGGAAGGGUUUUGGGAGGAUUGGACGGCUGGGCACAGAUGUCCUGGCUGAGACAGAAUUGCUUGGUGCAAUUUCCACAGCGGUCUAUGGGCUGUACUAUGGACACUUCGUUGCACAGACACUUGCAGUAUUGUUGGUACGCGGCAGCAGAGGCCACGAGCGACCAGAGAGCUAGUUUUGUGGGGAGGUUCAUGGUGUCGAGUAGAGGAUGGUGGUGGGAGUCGGUGCGAUUUUGA